GGCCGGAAGUUGAUCCGCCCGGAAGGAAAAGACGCGACGGACCGGAAAAAGCAAGUAGGGGAAAGUGGACGCACAAGAUGGCGGCGCAGAGGUGCCACGUGUGGGUCGGAGCGGAGACGGGGAUCCUGAAGGGCGUUAACCUGCGGCGGAAACAGGCCACAAACUUCAGCGAAUUUAACCGCGGGCAAGAAAUCAGCGAAAUGUGCUGGAGGCAGAACCAGGUGCUGCUGGGCUGCGUGGAUGGGACAGUAAAGGUAUUCAGCACCGAGCGAGGAGAGUUCACAGAGUUCCACGACUGUUCGGGUGGAGAAGGGCCUUUUCGGGGCCUGGCUGCCUACAACAGCUCCCUCAUCACCUGUACCGAGUCUGGCCUCCUCAAGGUGUGGAAAGAGGAUUCAACCGAUCAGGUACAGGUGGGCCGUGGGGUGUGUCGAAUGCGUCAAGACCCCGGGAGGCCAGAGCGUGUGGCAACCGGAGGGAAGGAGAACGACCUGAAAGUGUGGGACCUGCAGAGGCUGCAGGAGCCUGUGUUCAAGGCAAGGAAUGUCCGUAACGACUGGCUGGAUUUGAGGGUCCCGAUUUGGGUGAGAGACAUUCAGUUCAUACCCGCCUCGGACACGAUCAUCACCUGCACUGGGCACAGCCAGGUACGAAUCUAUGACCCGAGCUGUCCACAGCGCAGACCCGUUCUGGAGAUGACAUAUGACGAAUACCCGUUAACUGCCAUGUCCUUGACAUCUGAUGCCAAUUCGGUUGUCGUGGGUAACACGCAUGGACAGAUGGCUGUCCUGGAUAUCCGGAAAGGGAGGCUGCUCAAGUGCCUGAAGGGCCAGGCCGGGAGUAUCCGCAGUAUCCAGUGUCAUUGCAGCCUGCCCCUGGUAGCUUCCUGUGGGCUGGAUCGCUUCCUGCGGGUACAUGACACAGGCAGCAAGGAGCUGCUGCACAAGGUGUACAUGAAGUCCCGACUGAACUGUGUCCUGUUGACAAGUCGAGAAAGCUGGGAGCAGGAGGAUGAGGAAUGCAGCACUGCGGAGGAGGUGAAAGAGCAGGGCGAGGAGGAUGAAAUCUGGGCAUCGAUGGCAACAGUGACCGACAGAGCUGAGUCAAAGCGUACGGCAGACCUACAGGUUACUCCCAAGAGGCGGAAGAGGAGGAAGCAAAUGAGCAAAGAUGCAUAACUUUCAACUGGAAGUAACACUGUUAUUCAGUAUCUCUCAGUAAAUCAAUUUAUUGUCUUUUUGUAA